GAGCAAGGUUCUUGGGAAAGCGGAUUAUCAUACGAGUGCCGGUCACUUCUUUUCAAAGCUUUGCAUAACUUGAUUGAACGGUGCUUAUUAUCUCGUGAUUUUGUUCGUCUAGGAAAGUGGUUUGUACAACCUUAUGAUGGAUUCGAAAAACACCGUUGCAGUAGUAGUCACUUGUCAUUCUCAUUUGCAUUCUUUGUGCAUGGAGAAAGCACUGUAUGUGCAAGUGUGGAUGUUAGGCAGCAUCCUGCUGUGCGACAUCUCACAAGGACUUGCUUACAACGUACCCAAACUUCCCAAUCUGGUGUUAAAGUGAUUCUAGCUCCUUAUGGACUAGCAGGCACAUUAAUUGGUCCAGUGGGACGUAUAGAUAGUCAACUUCUUGAAGAAUGGAAACACUUUUAUCCAAUCAAUAGCAGUAACAUAGAAGCAGGACUUCCACCUCUAGUAGAAGUACUUGUUGGUGGUGUCCGUAUGCGUUAUCCUUCUUGUUAUGUCCUGGUCACAGAUAUGGAUGAUAGUCCACCUGAUACUCCUCUUUCUCCACCAAGUAGUCCUGCUAGUUGUGAACAUCCUCUCUUGAGUCAGCAGGAAUUACAAGCAGCUACAGAAUUACCAGAACGUGUAUGGGCAGAAUGUACUUUGAGCUCACCAAUUUCUGCUUCCAAGACAGAAUCUUCCACAGAACUUGGAACCUGGACCUUUAUUGAUCCAACACAAAAGUCUUCCUGUAUCUGUUCAAAGUCUGUAUUGAACAGAACAGAAGCGCCAAGUACACCACCAGGCGGACCUCCUUCUUAUUCAAGAGGACCACCAACAGGAGGAGAUUGUUUACCAGUUCCAUCUGUUGGCUCACCAGGAUCUCCUGCACCUUCACCUCUUCCAACUCCACAUUCCGAGCCAGCAUCGAUUCCACCAGCAGAACCGACAAUGCCUACACUCAGUCCUCAACCACCACCAAGUCAUGCAAACACUGCCCCACCGCUAACUCCUUCUCAAGGCCCUAAAUCAACUUCCUCUGCAUGCAAUAAUCAAGUACAUAGUCCAGCUCCUGGACCAACAUUAAAACGACCAGUCCUAGUUUCUAGAGAAUGUGAGGAGAUUUAUUUAGAAAAUGAACAGUCGUUACGUUGUCUCUAUGAUUAUUCAAUACAAGAAGCAUGGCUCAAUCAUCCUGUAAAACGUUUUAAGGAAUCUAAUAACAGUCCAGUUAAUGUGCGAAAUAACACAUUAUAUCCACCAAUGAAUUCUCAAAUUCCUCAAUCUCAAACACCCAAAAUAGAAAUUAAACAAGAACCAAAUGUCAAUGUUGGAGAUUGUAUUGGAAGAAGAACAGAUCCGUAUGAGUUUGAUGCAGCAGGUGAAGAAAACGGUACAAGCGUUGAUGGACUUCGACGGCAAAGAGAUGAUCCUUCUAAACCAGGAUCCUUAUUUACUAGCGAAGGUCUUCAAGCGUCUUACAAAGAUUUAGACCAAAUUUUUGAUAAUUCUGAUCCAGAUACUUCCAGUGACGAAACUAAUUUGAACCAGCUUCAAGUACAAACUCCACCAGAAUCAAAUAGAUCUGGUGGACUUCAUGAAGAAACCAGAGUAGAUGCCAAUAACAGACAUAGUAAUAGAGGAGUAGGUGUGUUACGACCAGAAGAACUUUCCAAAAUGUUUCCAACACCACCAUCCUUAGAGCAUAAUCCAGUUGCUUCUCCUUGUCAGUUGAAUGACUCUUUAAUGGACCAGACGGAACUUUCUGUACCUCAACGACCACUUAGGCAUCUGCCUGAUAUAUAUCCGAACAUGGGAUCUCCUCAAGAAGAGCCUAUCGAUGAUUGGUCUUACGUGUUCAAACCUGCGCCCAUCUGUAAGAUGGUUGGUUCUUCCAAAUAUGCUCCACUUACAAAUCUGCCCAGCCAAUCAUUACCUCCUGUUACACUGCCAUCGCACUGCGUAUAUAGACCUUCUUGGCAGUGCAAUCCUACUUCCAACAAUCCAGAUAAACCACUUCCACCAACUAGACCUGGUUCAGUCCAACAACAACCUUGUCCUCCAAGUCCAGCACCAUUGGGAGCACCAUAUCGCUCAGCAACUAUUUCCGGAAGACCACCACCGCCACCAUAUGAUCAACCGAGUCCUGCCACAUCUACUACUUCAUCGUAUCUAAACAAAAAUUUGAAUAGCAUCGAGGCGGAUACACCAGGUCCUACUCGUGCACCAGAAUCGAACUCUCUCAUAGUGAAUAUCCUUUUAGGUGACACUGUGCUUAAUAUCUUUCGUGAUCAUAAUUUCGACAGUUGCAGUCUCUGCGUGUGCAAUGCAGGUCCAAAAGUUGUUGGUAAUAUUAAAGGUGCAGAUGCUGGUGUGUAUCUUACACACUCAUGGUCAAGCGGAGCUCUGUUUCAAGAUGAUGAUCAGAUCAGGUGUAGUUGUGGUUUUAGUGCAGUUGUAAAUCGGCGAUUGGCUCAUCAAGCUGGUUUGUUCUAUGAAGAUGAAAUGGAAAUCACUGGUAUUGCAGAAGAUCCAGCGGAAAAGAAAAAAGCGUCUUUGGUUGCUGUAGCCUGUGGAGGGGGUAAACCAUCAGAAGGUUUAGAUGUGAUACCACCUAGUGUGUUAGAAUUGCUUAGAGAACAGUGCCUGAUCAUACAGAGUUCUGCAAGUAGUCUUUACAGAGCAUCGAGAAUCUACGCUACAAUGAAGAGUUAUCCAAUGCUCACGCCUACCGUAAAUAUGUUGGAAUUUAAUGAUGGAAACGAAGUUUCGCUAGCAGCUCUUGAUCAGGGUAAAAUUAACGGUACGCACAAUGAAAGGACUAAUCGUAUAAUUGGAGUGCAUCGAUGGGUGUUUCUUAGAGCAAAAGGUCCUCAAUGCAGUGGUGAUAUUGUGCGAAUGAUGAGAGCUUUACAACCAUUAUUACAAGAUGCAGUACAAAAAAAAUGUACCACUCGAAUGUGGGAAGCACCAUAUACUGUCGCAGGUCCUUUAACUUGGAGACAAUUUCAUCGUUUAGCUGGUCGUGGAACAGAUGAUCGUUGUGAACCUCAACCAAUACCUGCACUAGUUGUUGGAUAUGAUCGAGAUUGGCUAUCUUUGUCACCUUAUGCUUUAAGUUACUGGGAAAAAUUGCUAUUGGAACCAUAUGCUGGACCGAGAGAUGUUGCCUAUGUAGUGGUAGCACCUGAUAGCGAUUGUGUUGUUAAUAAAGUAAAAUCAUUUUUCCGUGAAUUAUCAACUACAUAUGAAAUUUGUCGGUUAGGAAGGCAUACACCUAUUUCAAAAGCAUUGCGUGAUGGUAUUCUUCGAGUUGGAAAAUCGUCUGUACAAAAACAAAUCAAACAACCAAUAGACGAUUGGUUUAAACUUUUAGGAGAGAACCAAUUAGGAGAAUUGUUAAGAUUAUAUGCCCAAGUCUGUAAUCAUCGAUUAGCUCCAUAUUUAACACAAGUUAUUCAGGAUCGAAGUUUAUUAGAUCCCGGAGAUUCGCAAUCUAAUAAGCAACAACAACAACAACAACCACAAACAACUAUUCCCGUUACUGAUACAAUGCCAGCUACGCCCGAUGUAAUGUCAAGUAAACCUGAAUCUAUUGAAGGAGAAAAUCCUAGAAGUGAAACCCCAUCGUCAAACACAACAAAUACUAAUUCUAAUACCGGUAAUACAACACCAACUUCACAAACUGCCACAGUACACACUAAUACCACAUCGGGUCCAGAUGAAGAGGAAGUUGAGCCUCCAGCUAUAGUUGUUUAUUUAGUAGAACCUUUCUCAUUGGGAGGUCCUGAAGAUCCUGAUCGUCGAAGACUUGCUAUUUUAGCUUUGUUACGUGCAUAUUCGACAGCAAUUAAUAGCAUGCCUGAAAACAUUAGAUCUAAUAUAAAUGUUCAGAUAAUAUCUUUGGAAAGUAUAAUGGAGUUAGGACGAGCUAGAGAAAGGCGUAAGAUACAGGAUGAGAUGAGAGCUUUAGCAUUAAAUGUAUUUCUACAAGGUCGUCGAUUAUUAAAUCAUAAUUCCACAGUAAAAAGUCUCACUGGAUUCGGUACUGCUGCGGCAGCAGAUCUUUUUCUUAAAAGUAAAGAUUCUUAUAGUAAUACUCUUGCAACUAUACAUCAGGAACGAAACAGAGCCCCGUACCGGUUAUACUCACCAGCCUACGUCUUGGCUCCUCUACGGGCGAAAAGUGAAGCACCGGAGUCUUUUGGCAUUGCUGGACCAGAAGAGUGUGCAGUUCUGUACCUCAGUUACUGCCUAAGCGAAGAUCAAUCUUGGCUACUUGCGGUUGCAACCGAUGAUCGUGGCGAAAUAUUCGAAACAGCUACUAUCAAUAUUGAUAUACCCAAUAGGAAAAGAAGAAAACGCGCCUCAGCCAGACGAAUUGGAUUACAAAAAUUGAUGGAUUUUAUAUUGAGUGUAAUGUCUCAAGGUGUACAACCUUGGAGAUUAGUAGUAGGUCGUGUAGGCCGUAUCGGACAUGGUGAAUUAAAAGGUUGGAGUUGGUUAUUAUCGAGAAAAGCGCUUCUUAAAGCCUCUAAACAUCUUAAAGAAAUAUGUGGCCAAUGCAGCCUUUUAUAUCCGUCAGCAGCACCUUGUGUGCUCAGCGCCUGUUUAGUCUCCCUUGAACCAGAUUCAACUCUCAGGCUUAUGGCUGAUCAGUUUACACCUGAUGAAAGAUUUAGUCAAGCAUCGGUAAACUGCCAAUUGUCUACACCACAAGAUGUUACAUGCACUCAUAUUCUCGUUUUUCCUACAUCUGCUACCACACAGUCGUCACAGACUGCAUUUCAAGAGCAGCAUAUUAAUGGACCAGAAUUAGGAGAUGAUGAACUAUUUUCUGCACUAAAUGAUGAUAUGCCAGAAGGUAUGGAAGGCAUGGGAGAUUUCAACGAUAUUUUCAAUGUAUGGCCAGAAGCUGGUGCUGGUGGAGGGCAAAGUCCUGGAGGUAGUCCACAUCGUCCUGAGGGAUCUCCAAUGGGUGGAGACGGUGGUGGUUCAGGUUUAGGCAAUCAUGAUGGACCUGGUAGUCCAUUUCCAUGUAGUAACACACCAAGAGUUGCAGUUGCUGAACAAGCAGAAGAAGUAGGAACGCUAUUACAACAACCUCUUGCUCUUGGUUAUUUGGUAUCUACUGCACCAACUGGACGGAUGCCACCAUGGUUUUGGUCAGCUUGUCCCCAUCUUGAAGGAGUUUGCCCAGUAUUUUUAAAGAAUGCCUUACAUUUGCAUAGUCCAGCAAUUCAGCAGAAUAGUGAUGAUCUGUUACAACAACAAAGUGCACUCACUGCUCAUCCAUUAGAUUCACAGUAUACCACCGAUGUGCUCAGAUAUGUAUUGGAGGGAUAUAAUGCCCUAUCAUGGCUCGCAGUGGAUGCGAAUACGAAAGAUCGUCUAUCCUGCUUGCCAGUGCACGUACAAGCGCUCAUGCAGCUCUACCAUGCAGCAGCAGCUCUCGUCUGACCCACACCCUCUCCCUUCGUAGUGCAGUAUGUGCACCUCUUUCAUGCACUUCUUUACCAUACCGUCACUUGGGGCUUUACGAGAGCAACUGGUUUCCUACGUCCGUCUUCAACUGUUUUUUAGAGACUUUGAGAUUCUUCUGAAUAACUGGAAGAACGAUCUUUCGACCAUUAGUCGAACCUCCAAUGCGAAACCGACUUUUUUUUGUACUCGAUUCUUUUUUAAAUUAAUGCGAUAAUACAUCGUGAUUGUAGCGUAAACUUGAUGAUUAUCAAUGCACAGUAAUUCUUUUUAACAUUUUUCUAUUCGUGUAAUUCGAUAUCCAAAAAAAAAAAAAAAUAAAUAGAAUGUAUUUUAUGUUUUUCAAUAAUCGCGACAAACGAAAAUAAGAUAACACGAAAUAUUAUGAUGACCGUAUAUUGCCAUAUACCAAAUGGAAUCGAAUGAAUGGAAGGUAAAAUUUUAUGUGUGCGAGAGAUUGAUAGAACGAAUGAACUUGUAAGAGAAUGAAAGAGAAUGAAUAAAAGAAAGUGUGAAAGAGAGGAAAGAAGAGAGAACGAGUGCGCGUGUAUAAAUGGAAAAAAGAGAAACAAAAGAGAACGCGCCAUAAGAAGUUAAACAAUUGCCUCUCUGUCGGUAGAUAGUUCAAUUACAAAUCAGAAUCUCUAGAAAAUUACAUAACCAAAACGUUUUUAAUUGUAAAUUGAAUUUUGUACAAAGCUUUUAUUAUUAAUAACGACGAAGUAAUAUAAAUAAUAUUACGUUGUUUUUUAAUUUUAUAUAGAUGAUAUAAAUGAAAAAAAGAAGAACGGAAAGGGAGGCGAUACUUCUUUUUUACAAAUAAAAUGCCUCGUACAAGCCCCUGGUGUGAGAUAAGUACGACAAUUAUACAUAUAUUAUAUUAUAUUAUGCUCGCGCGGCACUGGGUCACUGUUAUCAUGUUUCCUGGACCCAUUAGCGCAAUUUUUCGAUGCUGUUUGACAAAUUUUAUUCAAAUUAGGUGACCUCUAUAUAUUAUACAUACAUUAAUAGUGUAAAAUAUUGUUUUUAAAUAAUUUAUGAAGUGAGAAACAUCGCCGAGAUAUUAGAUAAUUGAAAAUGAGCGAAAAAAGAGCAAGAAUAAAAGAAAAUGAAAGAAGGGCACAGAGAGGUUUGUUCCCUGAAAUUUAGGAAAAAAAAAUGAUUUCAUAAACAAAUAAAUGAGCGCGCAAACAAAGCGAAAAAGAUAUAUAAGAAAUAAAUAAAAAGACAAGAGAAGAGAAUACAGGGCGCGUCUGAAUGGAAGCCGAUGGUGGCUAAUUGCGUCAGUCGCAUAGUACAAAUAUGACUUGUACAUAGCAAUCCCUAAUCCUCUCCCCCUUAUAAAGUUAAUUGGUUAAUUUACUCACACACCACACUCACACUGUAUCUAUAGUAUUUAUUAUCUGGGUAGAACAUCAUUAUUGGGAUUAUUAUUAUUAAUUAUUAUUAUUAUUAUUACCAUUACCAUUAUUAUAUUAAUAUUACGAAAUA